GUCCGCCGCCGGCUGCUGAGCGUCACUCUGCCUGCACACACGGAGUGAGGGUGCAGCUAAGGGAGCAAGUCCAGUCCAGCUGUGGGAUUUUAACAUUCGGGGUGUGUGAACAUCUGGAUUACGAUUUUUUUUUUUUAAUUCCUCUGUUUGUUGCGUUUUCUUCUUCUUUUCUCGAUUUCUGGGCUUGAGAAACAACCUGCCAUCAUGUCUCGGGCUCCAGAUGAUGUGAGCAAGCUUACUGAAAGUACAUACAAGAAUGUGAUGGAGCAGUUCAACCCGGGCCUGAGGAACCUGGUCAACCUCGGGAAGAGCUAUGAGAAAUCAGUCACAGUGAUGACUCUUGCUGGAAAGGCCUAUUUCGAUGCAGUCUCAAAGGUCGGAGAGAAUGCCACCAUGUCUCCUGUCUCCAGAGAGCUCGGUUUGGUGCUAAUGGAGAUCGCAGAGGCCCACAGGAAGGUCCAUAAUGAACUUGAGGAGAACUUCAAGAGGUUUCACAGAGAGAUUAUUACCGAACUGGAGAAGAAGACAGAGAUGGAUGUGAAAUACAUGAAUGCCACCUUCAAGCGCUACCAGUCAGAGCACAAGAUGAAGCAGGAGUCGUUGGAGCGCUCUCAGAUAGACCUGAAGAAACUGAGGAGGAAAAGCCAGGGGAAGCACUCAUCCAAGUACGAGAUCAAAGAGAACGAGUAUUUGGAGACCAUCUCAUCACGCCAGAUGGACAUGCAGAAGUUCAUCGCCGACGGCUGCAGAGAGGCCUUGCUGGAAGAAAAGAGACGCUUCUGCUUCCUGGCGGACAAACACUGCAUGUUCUCCUAUCAAAUUAGCAGCUUCCACGAGAAAGCCAGAGACAUGCUGGCCGUGAACCUCCCCAGCUGGCAGGAAAAGUGCAGCGACAUCACCAAGGUGCCGGACACGGUGGUGACCAUGAUAGAGGGACUCUCCACCACUCCUGAGCAAUCUCCGCUGGUUGAACGCUGCAACAGGAACAACGUGGAGUCAGUGGUGCCUCCUCCAGCACCACCGCUAAAGGCUCAGAUUAGUCCGCUCGCCAAUAUGUUCAAUCCAGAGCCCAGAUCUCCGCUCACCUCCUCUUCAGACCACAACUCAGACCAGGGCAGUCUCGGAGAGGGCAGUCUGUCCCGGUCGACAUCCCAGUCGUCUGGUCUCAACGUGGCCAGGAAACACCGGGUUAGGACCAUCUUUCCCCACACGUCGGGCAACAACGACACACUCCUCAGCUUCGAUGAUGGCGACAUCAUCACUCUGCUCGUCCAGGAGGAGAAGGACGGCUGGCUGUAUGGAGAACUGGAGAAGACAAGGCAGCGGGGCUGGUUUCCCUCAUCGUACUGCAGACCUUACACUGAGCCAGUGAUAUCAAAUAGCAGCAAUCUGGGCACGCCAGUGCGUAGUCUGAGUGUGGCCAGUCUGCCAGAGCAGGAGGAGGAAGAGCCAGUGUUGAUUCCCCCGCCAGACUACAGUGACGACCCCCCCUCUAGCCCGGUGGUCUCCUCAACUCCCUCACCACAGAACACGGUUUCUUUAGUCAAUGGGACUGCAAAGGCUCCUUUUCUAGGAGGCGGGAAUCCGUUUGCCACGGUCAAGCUGAGGCCAACUGUCACAAAUGACAGAUCGGCGCCGAACAUCUAACACAGAGCAGGAGAGUCUUCACCGCUGCCUUCAGGGGAGUCAUGCAACAUGGGACCCCUGCGACACAACCAAUAUCACCCCAACCUACAUCUCACCAGCCUGCAUGCUAGUCUCUCUCAGCACCGGUCUGCUCUAUUAAAGGGAUCCAUUGUUUCUUGGCAUACGUGUGUGUUACUGUGCCAGUGUGCGUUUUACAUUUGCCACAACAGUGAAGCAUUGCGUAAUCAACAUAUGAAGAAACAGGAUAUUCUGAAAAACAUUGUAGUGCAAAGAAAAUGUUUCAAAAUGUUAAACACGCAGUCUGUGAUUGUGUUAAAUUAAUAAUUCAACCCAAAAUGAAAAUGUAGGCUUUGUCUAAUCAACAUGUCUCUUAAAGAUGUGAUCAAUUUGACCAUUACAGGUAUUUCUUAUUUCUUAUACUUUUAAUGUGAAGCAGCAGCAGUCCAAAACUCUUUACUGAGUAUCAGCACAGUGAAUGUGCAUUGCUGAAAAAAUGCUGGCCAUAAAUAGUAUCAAAAAUGUCAGAUGGAUUUCAUGACAAUGAUGAGGAUUAUGACUUUAAACAUUAACCUCAGCCAUCUUCCAAAAUACUGAAAGGUCCAGGGCCAUUUUUUUAAUGCAAGUGUGAAAACUAAAGCCAGCUUUGCUUUGGCUUUGGUUUUUACACCAUAAUCCAAGCAGUUUGUAGACAAACAUUUGCAAAAGGUGCAAAAACCAAACAAUUUAGGACAAACUUAAUAAUGGAUGUGUGAAUCCACCUGUUUAAUGCUACAUGCAUUACAGUGCAAAAGCGUUCUGGAGAAAUUUGUGUCUUUUCAUGUUUCCAUGUAGUGUAUUUGAAGAUGUCAGCAGUGUAAUAUGAGGCUGAGACAAAGCUAUUGGGGUUUUUUUGCGACUCUUGUGGUCCCAUAAAUAUCUAAGGACUUUUGACUGACGUGAUUAUGGAGAUAAAACCUGCAUCUUCAUUUUGGGCUGAGCUUUCCCUUUAAGAUUGUCUCUUUGGAAAGAAGAGAAGUACUCAGAGAGUGUCAUAAGGUCUUUUCAGGCCUGCUUGUGCUGCAGUCAGUUAAGUGUUUUAAUACAGAAUUAAGAGAUCCACAUGUAAAUGAGAGUGACCUGGUGCUGAUGAAACAGACCAGCACCCGGGCUGUCUUCCUGACUUGCCAAAAAAUAUAUAUAAACAUGCAUUGUUAUUUCUAUUUUUAUUAUAAUUAUUUGUCUUUCUUUUUUUUUUUUUUUAAAGAGGCAUUGUGAUGUACAGAGGUUGUGAGAAUGAAGGGAGAUUGACGUGUUGGGAAAAGGGUUUGUCAUUUGAGUGAAGGCAAAACCAGCACCAUGUUUCAAAUAAGAAGGCUAUUUAUAUGCAGUAAGUUUGUAUGAGAUAUUUAAAUAAAACAUGUAUGCAGAAGUCUAUUCUGUGAAAGUGCCCCUUUAAACAUGACAGCCACUGUGCUCCGUAUGAGCCAUGGACCCCAUGCUGAUUUUGAUUUGACUGCUGGUAUGUAUGUUAUAUGGGUAAAACGACCUUGUGAUGAAGGGAAUAUUUUUCAUUACUCAUGGUUCCACUGUUGUUUAAUGUAGAUUGUAGAUGAACAAUGCACAGUUUAUGCAAAAUAAAAAUGUACCUAACUGGUAGAUGUUCGCAUUGUAUGUGAAUAUGGUGGGUCAUUGUUUGAAAUCAACAAAGUAUGAACUAUUUCAUGAGGAAAAGGACCUUUUUUGCCAUGUAUUUGCUUUACAGAAUGUAAAUGUAUGAUGAGGAACUGAUUGAUGAAACUCUUCAUUGAUCCUCACAGACCCACCGAUGUGUGUAAGUGAACCCCUCAAACAUAGUUAAUGCCACAUGCUUUCUUCAGAGUACCUUGCCACUGUGUUGACCAUUGUAGUCUUUUUUUUCUCAAUAAAACACAAUAAAAUAAA